AUGUCCGAGCCUGGCCCCGAAUCCCUCCCUACCAGCGCCGAUCCACGCAGCAAACGGCCCACCAAGCGUCGCGCCCUCACACCGCUCUCCGAACAUGCAACAGAAAUCAAAACACUCUUCAAAGACCCAUCAAAGGAGAUCCGACUUCCGGACUCCAACCAACGUUCGGGGCCCUUGCUGUCUGCACCACCGGAGAUUGUGACCAAUGUCCAAGGUUCUUCGGCCGGAGCGGGCUCAGGCGAAUUCCAUGUCUACAAGGCAAGUCGGCGGCGGGAGUAUGAGCGGGUGCGACAGAUGGAGGCGGAGGUGACCAAGGAGAAGAAUGAUGCGGAGUGGGAGAAGGAACGAGAGGAGGCGAAGAAGAAGGACGAUCAAAAGACGGAUAAGAAUCGGCGCAGGAGAGAAAAGAAGAAGGCUGCGAGGGGGAAGCAGAAGAAUGCCGGUGCAGGCGGCAUGGAAGCUGAUGGCCCGGCGCCGGGCAUGGCGAAGGGACCAAUGGCUCCUGGUAUGCCAACGGCUACUGGGGGUGAGACUGCGGAUUCGGAACCGCAGUAUGUCGAGGAGGUCCCUGGUGUGAUUAUCCACGAGGAGGACUAA